AUGAAGAGACACGUGGACCACAUUCUCCUAACUUUGAGACAGACAUCGACAGUUGAUCAAUUUUUUGCUCUUAAGGUUCCAAUGAGGCCUGGGGAACUGAGUAGCCUGUUUCGUGGCAUUGACAAUGCAUUUCAAGUUUAUGCCAGACAUGUUGUUGACAAAUUGGCUAGCAAAGAAGAUAUUAUCCCACCUGUGCCUAUUCUUACACGAUACAGUAGGGAAGGUGGAAUCAAAGCUUUUGUAAAGAAGGAACUAAUUGAUCCAAGGCUACCUGAUGUGAAGAAGUCUAGUGAAAUUAAUGUGUUGACAACACCUAUGCUUUGUGUUCAGUUAAACACCCUUUAUUCGACGGUGUGCUGUUGUUCGGCGUUGUGGUGGUGUUCAACAGUGAAGGCAGUCGACUGUCUUGGUGGUGGCGAUUGUUCGUCGUGGUGUAGUCGCCUAUCUUCGUGGUGGUCUGUGGAGGUGUUUUGGUGGUGUCCGGUGUUGUGGUGUGGUGGUGUUCGGUGCUGUGGUGGUGUUCAACAGUGA